CACUUUAUUCACCAUUUAUAAGGGACGUUUAAUGUUAAGAAGUCCCUUAUGCAGAAUGUUCAAUCUGGUCUAUUUAAUCUAUAGAUAUAAUGAAUUUGCCCGUUUCAUACUUUUGUCUGUUCCAGGCAUGUUGCCAGACAUGAAGCUGUACUGGGGCACAGGCUCCCCCCCACCCCACCAUCACCGAUAAGAUUCUUGAAAGCUUAGUGUGAGAUUUUACCGGGACUGUCCCCCACUCGUGCAUGAAUUACUAAGGCGCAUCAUAGGCGUCAUUCUUUGACAUACAGCGUCGGACAUUUGCACAGUAUGCGUUAAUGCAUGCAGCCAUCCCUCGUUAAAAGAAAAUGCAGACGUUCGCCGAUUCCUCAAUGCUGAUGACCUACAUCCUCGGGGCAGGUCACCCACAAGGGUCUCGCGCUAAGCGUUAAUUCGAGCGGAGCUGUGUCAAAAUGAUUAGGGAGAUUGGCGCAGAUAUAAAACGGUCUAUUUCGUCUGACCUUUGUUGUUGGAGAGGAACGGUCGCGUUUGGGGAUGUGCACGUACAAACUACUAAAACGAAGCAGAAUUAUGCCUCGCCAUUAAUACGCUCACCUUUCUUUAGACGUCAAUGGCUUGUUGUCACGAAUUACAAAUCUGUUAAAACUAUACCUUACGUCUGCAGUAAUAUUACAGGAAUUCUAUAGGGGUAAAUAUUAUUUGGGGAGAAAACAGUAACGCUGACACGUUUUCUAUGCACACAUACUAGGUGGGGAAAAGACGAGGGAGUUUGAUUGUUAUGAUUAUGCUUACUAUACUUUAUUUAACCACAUUAUGAUUAAAGUCCAUUUCAAGAGUCUGUGAUACAAAAAUGAAUACGCGCGAAAAUCCCGAAGCGAAAAAUGACCAUUAUCAGAUUAUACAGUUUUUUUCCUGAUUCAAAACACUCUUUCAUCGUGAAGCCAUGAUGUGAAAUUAAACAAAUCGCAUAAAAUUCGUGUGCCCGAUUGUGUUUCACGGGCAACUAGAUUAAAUGAAGCCGAACGGUUUGUUCCUAACAUGUACAAUUCCACAAGCCGGCGUUUGAAUUAGAAAAGAUUUGAAUAAAGUACGCGAAAGCUUUAUCACCGGAUACGAGUGCACUGUAUUUUAAAUAUCCUAUUUGUGGAUCCUUCGGGAUUUAAAGCCGCGAAGAGCAUACUCUGUUAUUACGGUAACCUUAAAAAGGCCCGAUGUCAAAUCAUUAAACGGUCAUUUUUAAAUACCACAAGCAAAACCAUUGUUCUGGAAGUAAUUACGAAUCUCGCCCCAAGACCCUGUCCUAUUAUAUGAAUGUGCAUUAUGCAAAAACAGCCCACAUGCCAGUCUGGAGAAUGGGUACCGGGGCAUAUAAAUCAGACGACAGCGAGCCUGAAAGCGCUUUUCCAUCCGAUUAGAAAAACUAUAUAACCGCAAAAUAAGCUUCGAUCUAUCUUUUAAAUGGAUGUCUAUCUUUUCUAUGUUUAAAGUAGAUUUUUCGGGGUAAUAUAAGCGCGUAUUUUUAUUAUAAUAUAUAUAUCACAAGUUUUAUUAUAAUUCUUUUUGCUUAGGUGAGCGAACGAUAAAAUGCCGCCGGGCAGUAAAGAUGAGAAACGUCAUAGUGGUCUGUCAUGGAAGUUACGAGCGCUGCUGCUCGCCAUGUGCGUCCCGAUAGCGGUUCACACCGCUGGGCUGCUUUUCGUGCUCCACCGGAUCACGCGGCUCUCCGGCGAGGUCUCCCGGCUGGACGCGCGGAUGCAGGAGCUCUUGGAGAGGGCGGCGGUGGAGUUUCGCACGGAGGUGACCCGCCAGCGCGGCGGCCAGCGGGCAGAGCGACAUCAGUACUCCCGUGACAAACGGAGCCACGAGCGGCACAUUUCGAGCGGUCUUGACAGUACGGAGAAUCGGGACAUGAUGAUGAUGAUGACUUACUCCAUGGUUCCGGUCAAAGUGCUGGUGGAUCUCUGUAACGGCACACACGGAAUCUGUCUGACAGGCCCCCCUGGAUCGAUGGGACCACGUGGAGCCGACGGGUCGCCCGGACGCGUGGGGCUGCCGGGUCCGAAAGGGGAACCUGGAGCCGAGGGCAGACGUGGGCGGAGAGGGCCCAUGGGUGUGAAGGGAGACCCGGGAGAAAAGGGAGACUCGGGCGAUCACGGGCCUCCAGGAGCGAAGGGAGAGAUGUCAAACGACAUCGUCGUAGAAGGCCCACCGGGUCCGGUCGGUCCACCCGGAGCUCCCGGUCCUGCCGGUCCCCCGGGACCUCCCGGCCCACCCCGAAUCCGGAGCGGCGGGCGCAAGUCGCAACAGGGUCCGUCUCAGUCUGCCCCGAACGAUGACACCCCCUCCGGAAAAGCGGCUCAAAGCGUCACAGAGGCGGCCUUUGGGAAAGCAGAACGCAUCAUUAAAUCCAUAAGCAACCCCAGAGACGUCAGCAAGAUGGCAAGCACCUUCGGGACGUGGAUGCGGGACACGGCGCGGCGAGACGACGAGCGCAUCUGGGUCGCGGAGCAUUUCUCGGGUCGGACGGUGAAGCGGUACGAGAGCGUGGCGGCUCUCCGGAAUGACACUGGCGACCCCGUAGACCUGAAGAAGUAUUUCCAGGGCUGCGGCCACGUCUUGCACGACGGUUCUAUCUACUACCACGUCGCCGGGACCUCCAAAAUUGGCAAGUUUCACGUCGGAAGCCAGACGUUACGCACCCUAACCGUAGAGAAUGCCCUCUACCACAGCCUGACCUACCUCCUUUCCAACUCUAAGACGUACUUCAAGCUAGCGGCGGAUGAGAACGGACUGUGGCUCAUAUUCGCUUCGAGCACCGACGAAAACAUAGCGGUGGCCCGACUGGACGAGAAGAGCCUGUCCGUGGGCACGUCUGCGAACACGUCCUACCCCAGGGCCAAGGCCGGUAACGCUUUUGUAGCUCGCGGCGUGCUGUACGUCACGGAUGCCGAGGACGCCGAGGUGGUCUUUGCCUUCGAUCUGCUGAAAGGGAAGCCGGUGAACGUGAGCCUAGACUUUAGGUCGUCGAGCGGCGUCCUGGCUAUGAUGUCCUACAGUCCAAAGGAUCGGCAGCUGUAUGUGUGGGAUGGCGGCUAUGUGAGAGCGUACGACGUGCAUUUUUUCUCGGACCAAUGAAACCAGUUAGCGAUGCAUGAUUUCCCCAUAAAAGGCUGUAUUAUGAAUGUUAGUCCGAAGUAGAUAAUGAUCACGUCAAUGAUAUUUUACUGUGUAUAUAGAAAUGGUGGGGAGGGCAGGGCAGAGCGGCAUGAUUUUUCCCAUGUAAAGCAUUUGUGAGGCUGUGCCGCACGUUCAGUCCUUUGUACGUAUUUAGAAGCACAGUGGUUAGACUGAACUGCUGUGAGUAUGCCGACCAAAAUGCAGUGAUGUUUUUUUUUUUUUGUCUUUAGUGAAACUUAUCAAGGUACAAUUUCAGUGAGACGUAUGGGAAUGAAAGUAACGCGAUCAGCGUAAAGGCAAGGCAGUCAAUAAUGUGAAAUUGUCCACCGACUGAAUCGUACAGCCUUUGUCGUCUAAAUGAGGGAAAUUGGGCCGAAGCGUCGCGCCACCAAAGGGAAUUGUGGAGAAGUGUGAUUUUACGUCUGUGAAAACGUGUCAGUUUAGCCAUUCCAAAACCUCUCCCACAGGGAACCUUGUAUUUGCAGCGACCCUCCGGGACCGCUAGCGUGCCACGUAACGGAAACCUCACGAAGUCAUUUGAUGAAAUUUAUUUAUUAUGUGAACGGUGACCCCGAGGAGCGAUUUGGCAAGCGAAGCGGCGAUGUAGCCGUCCGACGAGAAAGCAGUAGAUGUGUAUUUGCAUAUAUUCCAAUAUAGAAAUAUAAACGUCUCGUCUGACACCCUAAGACUUUCACAGCUCAUUGGGGAACAUAGACGGUGUCUCCGUACCGCUAUGCUAAUCGCUUUAAUCUUUAUCGCAGACCGCUUAACGUAAACAUCCAUCGUCUUGGGACCAGUGCAUGCCCAUAGCUUUGGCUGGCUGCGCCCAAAAUCAGUUUUUCUGCCGUUCUUCAGACACAUUACAUCCUAACGUGACGUAGUAAUGCUCCUCGGGAGAACUGUAGCAGCGCGAGUUAUCUUUUGGUUUUCUUACCCUUAUCUCGUCUCUCAUAAAAAGAAAGACCUUGGUAAUCGUCGUGGAAAAAGAUGAGGCCGUUGUUUUGUCGAGGAAAUAUUGUUUUGUAUCAUCACCACGAUAAAAAGAAAUCCUACGCUGAGGAUCACAGGG